GUUGAUUCAACCGGCAGAAUAUCUCGACCGACAAGUCCUUAUCGUUGCUGAGAAGAUAAUCCUGCGAAACCGAGAGAGCUUGGAAAGGCGAGAGCAACCCCCUUGGCAAACGCAACAAUCAAUCAGCCGGGCUCGAGAGACUGUAUCGAUGGGACUCGCGCCGACGACUACGACGUACUGCGCAAACACUUCUGGAGAUUCAAAAAAAAAAAAACACUAAAAAACUCGAACCCCUCCUUGAUGAGUAUAGUAAUCCUCCCAAGAAAGGAGAUACCAGCAACGAAAUGAGUUCUGGGUUAGAGCUUACAGAUCUUACGGAUCCUACAGAUCUCUCAAAUCUUUUGUUAGGGGAGGGAAAGACUGAUGACAUGGCUAUGACAACAAUGAAAUCUCCCACCAGCCAGCAAAGCCCGGAAAAGAGGAAGCACGAACACUCCCCUGAAGAUACUGCGGCCAAGAAAUAUAGAUUUGAUCUGCCUACCCCCGAAUCUCAGGGGGAAGGUGACAAUGAAAAUGCAGAGGCAGAGGAAAAGGCGACAAAUGAUGUUUCUCUUCGAGAAGCACAAGUCAAUGACAAAUCGAAAAUGUCAUUGAAUCAGGACGGCAAGGAUGAGGGGCUCCUUAUGACGGUUAUGACAUUUGCAGAAUGGGAAGAUGGCCGGGAUCGCCUGCGCCAAAUAGCCAAAGAUGGCCUCGAAGCAUUUGAUAACAUCGCCAUUCGGGAGGAGAUGUGGGGAAAAAAUGCAUCAAAAAAAGUCCCAACCUGGUGGCUCAAGGAUUGUGGGGGUCAAGAAAUGUCUGGAGCAUUGUUGGCUCAUCCAAGCUCAGUCGAAGAUGCGACCCAUCGUCGUCCAUCCCUUGAACCUAGCGCUUCAGGAUAUAAUAUCGUCAUGCCACCUGAAGGCUUGAGCACGCAGACCUCAGAACGUCAGAACCCUAUAUUAUUCCGUCGAAAUAUUUGUUUGGUCGAAGAUGCUUAUAAAGCACUUUUUCCCAAUACAAAUACAAAUACAAAUCAUUCCGAUACGCAAAGCUCAGAAAAUCAGAACCUUGUCGCAGCCCAACCGAAUACAAGCACUUUGGAAGAUCUUGCUAGCCCUGUUGCUGGUUCUACAGACAGUGACGGCUAUGAUCUAGAAGAUGUUCCUGAUCUUCUACAUGAUAGCUUCAUCUCUCUAGAAGAAGUAUCUAGACUUUUAGUGGAAUCCACUUUCUCAUGGAAAAUGGCCUCUAAAGCUUUAGAUGCCGGAGCUGCUCUUCCUGGCACCUUGAAAGUUGCUCUGACUUCUAUCAAACAUACCCAUGUAAUUCUUCGACGGGCUCAUAUGGAAUUAUACAAUGUCUCCGAUCAUUUACAAUUAGUCUGCAAUAUUCAGACAGAUAACCUAGUUGUCACCCACAGCGUGAUAACUCAGUCUGGAUUGAACCCGAGAAUCCCUCAACUAUAGCCAAUCCAGGUACCGGCACAGCACGGUUGAAAAGCAAUACAAUAUCGUAUACUUUAGGAAAUAAGGUAAUACUACUAGGGUUAGCCGAGAAGCGAGCAUUGAUAUCCGUCGGUAUAAAUGGACUAUGGCUUAAACUAGGCCGCAUGGCAAGGUCCGUAACAGACU